CCCCUACACUAUUUCUAUCCUUCGUUCUACGGGCAAUUCACAGAAGCCAAUUAACCUACAAACCUGUGCGUCUUUGGAAUGUGGAAACCGGAGCACCCAGAGAAAACCCACGCAGUUACAGGGAGAAUGUACAAACUCCACCCAUAGUCGGGAUCGAACCCGGUUCUCUGAUGCCCGUAAGGGAGCAACUCUACCGCUGCGCCACUGUGCCGUGCCCAAAUUAAUUUACCUGGGCAUCAUGUCGGCGUGGACAUUGCUGGCGGAGGGGCGUGUUCCUGUGCUCUAGUGUUCUAAGAUCCGUAUGUUGUUUUUUUUAAAUCUAGGACACCGAGACCAGUGGAACCAUGAACCUCUCUGCGGAAAUGCCUGGCGUGAUGUGUAACUACACAGCAGGCCGGUUGGAGAAACAGUUCCUUCCAGUCAUGUACUCCCUCAUCAGCCUGCAAGGGUUGCUGGCCAAUGGCCUGAUGUUAUCCAUGUUUCAAAAGCGGCUGCUGAGGAAAUGUGGCGUGCACAUCUACCUGAUAAACCUCACGGUGGCCGACCUGAUCAUCUGCCUGGUCCUGCCCUUCAGAGUGGUCUUCCUGAUCAAGGGGGACUCGUGGCCGCAGAGCUCGGGGAAUUGCAUCACCUUAACUAUGAUCAUUAACUUUGGUUUCUACUGCACUCUAGUCUGCCGGACACUCUGCUUAAUCUUCAUCGGUUUUAGCCGGUACGCGAUCAUUGUAAAGUUCCACCACAAGAAGCUCAAACUAUUGUACGAGCCACGUUUCGCAAUGUAUGUCUCCAUUGCUUUCUGGAUUACAGGCUUCUUAAUUGUGACAGUCUGUUCAAUUUACAUGUCCCGGUCAAUGGGAACAUCUGAAUUACUGUGCUAUGGUGUCAUGACGUAUAGACGGUUACAGCCCAACUUCAUAGCCCUCAAUGUCUUCUCAAUAUUGUUCCUCUUUAUUUUAAUAGCGCUGGUUCUUUUGUAUGUAUUGGUCAUCGUCUACUUAUCCAGAGUGAGGAAAACUGUAGCCGCCCAGAAGAACCGCGGCCUUUACCGCAAGUCCCAGCUCAGGAUCUGCGUGGCGGUGUUCACCUGCAUCGUGUGCCAGUUGCCGUACUUCAGUUACCAGCUGGCCUCAAACAUCCACAGGAUGCUCCACAACGACUGCCACGUCCUGGUCACAUUGCAGGGGGCCAAGAUACUCUUGCUCUGGCUGGUCUCCCUCAACAGCUGCCUGGACCCGAUCUUGUACAUCGCCAUCCAGAAAUGUUCCUCCAUGGUCAACAGCCACACAGAGAGCACGGUCAAGUGCCAUGAGAUGGAGACUGCAAGCCACACUAACUAGUGCAGGGCAUGGCGUUUGCAGCGGCAGUCAAGGUAGAUGAUGGCAUGUUCAGCUGGCCCCCUGCACCAAGGUGGACAGACCUCAAGCUUCAUAGGCUCAUAAGAUAUAGGAGUAAAAGCAGGCCAUUUGGCUCAUCUAUUCCGCCAUUCAAUCAUGGUGGAUCUAUCUUUCCCUCUCAACCCUGUUCUCCAGGCUCCUCCCCAAAACACCUGAGACCCAUAUUAAUCAAACGAGUGCA